CAGCAAUAACUAUGAACAAAAGCCAUUGGCCUGGCUAAGCAGUGUGCUGUUCAGCGCACCUGUGUUCACAGGAGAGAGAGUGUGAGUGUGGAUUGAGGUGAUUGUGUAUUUGCCAGAGAUUUUGGCGAGGAGCUCUUGUGAAUGAACAUGACGGUGCGGAUGGGUACCUUGCUGCUGAACGUGCUCCUUGUGCAAGUUCUCUCUCUGACGGUUGGUUACCCUACUGGUGCCCCAUCCUCCGCCUGUGAGGACAUGAUGCCUCGCCAUGGGGUCCAGCCCCAGCCCUCUCCAGCUCCCUACAGCAUCCAGACCAGCAACCGCACUUUUCAGCCCGGACAGCCUGUCACAGUGACCAUCAAUGGCCCAGACUACGCAGGUGUGCUGUUGGAGGCUCGCAUGGAGUCCACUGCCAGUGCCCUGGGGACCUGGCAAUCCCUCCCAACAAACACCCAGUUCCUCCAUUGCUCAGGUAACCAGAAAAGUGCCAUCACCCAUUCCAACACCAAUGUGAAAGACAACUCUACUGUUUACUCUUGGAUGCCCCCUAGUGGGAUCAGCAGUAUGUACUUCAUGGCUACUGUGGCACAGCAGCGCACUGUUUUCUGGUUGAACGUGAAGUCAGACACUCUGACCAAAGGUGUGGGAACCGGAGCGGAUGGUUCGCCUUCAGGUGUGAAUCCUGUGCUCUGGGCUAAGGCAGGGCCACUGUGCAUGGUUCCCAGCCUCAUCUUUACAUUCAUGUGUUCCAGAUAGUUUUACAGGGUUCAGGGAGGUUGUGUUUAACAGAGGUGCAGGGGUCCAGGGGUCACAAAAUAAAAGUCCUGCUAUGUGUUCCUUCCACCCAUGAGCUCACCCAGCUGAUUUCACUAAUUUUCCCUACCUCCUGGACAAACAAUUGGGGUAUUUAGUAAACCCAGUUGGUUGGAACAAAAUACUGGGAAGGAUUUUUACUUUCUGAAGCUGGAUUUACCACCUCUGGUGUUUACGUAACUCUGCAUUAAACACAAAGAUGCACACAGUGCUUGCAGGUGAGAAUGAAAAGAGCAGGAAAUAAUAUUCCAUCCUUAAGCACUCUUAAAUAAUGGCAUGGUGUUUGUAUUUUUAAUCGUGGGCAUGUAGCACAAUUGUAGACAUGAAGUUUGAUUUGUUAUUUAACUUGCUAUUGCUUAAUAUUGCAAAACACUUUUAUGACUAUCCAACAUGUUACAUAAGUGAGCUGCAGUACAGGUUUUAUAGUAUCUGAAAUGUAAAUCAGAAACUGAAUAAAAUUACAAAGAGUAAAACAAAACAAACAUCUGUCAUGCUUUUUAAAAAAUGUAAUGUAGAAUACAACCCCAGUUUCAGCCUUAAUGUCUAAGAAAACGUCCAUGAUAAAUGAAAACAAGUACGCAUCCAUGGCUACUACACGAUUGUACUGGCAGUAAGUAACACCAAGAUUGUGCCCCAAUUUGGGGAUACCAGGAGUCUGUUUCUUUUGUGUUACAGCUGCCACUGGCUUCCCAGAGUUAAAAAACACACACACAGCCUCUACUGCGCACGUUGAGGGCAAAGAGUUAGCUCAUCGAAACAAUGUGAUUUCACUAAUAAAACCUCGUCGGUAAAUUUUCGGCGAUCAAUCUUAUCGUCUAACUAUGGGUGGAGAAUUUCCCAAAAGGAAAUAUAUAUACUUUUAGGCUUCAGGACGUAAUGUGAAACAGUCUCUUUUUAGUCUGUUCUAAGUGGCCGAGGCCGAGUCGCAGAAUACUCACAGACAAAUUAGACUAAUAAGAAUGUGCACGUGAUGCUAUUUCAGCCUAUAUAGACCACGUUUUUUGUUUUAAGUAGAAGCUCACUUGCUUGUUCUAUCUCGAUGUUGUUAACUAAUAAAGAAAAAAAAUUGAA